GCACAAGUCCUUCUUUAAAUCUAGAAACACUGACCCAUGAAGUGCAUAUUUUAAUAAACUCUAUGUGUGCUGGAUGUGUCUCCUGUGCCCCUGGUUUGGGGUGGCUGAGGUUUUCCCCUUGGCAGCAGGAUGCUGCCCUGCUCCUUUGUGCAUCUGCUGUGCAUCUGCAGAUUUCCUCCUUCGUUGUCCCAGGCAGGUACAUGUGGGAGUGCUGGGUGUCCCCUGGGGAGGCUGCCACAACAACGUGCUUAGAAAAGAGGCAGCUCGUGCAAUCUGGCACUGGAGGGAGGUGUGUGGUGUGCACCAAAGGGACAGAAGCAGUGAGGCUCCUGGAGCUCCCACAUCCCAGACAAGGAGCAAAAAGAGAGGUGGGAAGGGAAACAAGCUGCUGCCACUGCUUCUGGCCUGUUCCUGGUUCUGUGGCAUGGGGACAAAGGAAGGUGGUGUGUCCUUCCAGUGCUGCUAGCCGAGGGUGCAGAAGUUCCACAUCUAUUCAAGCUCACUGCUACCAAGAUUUUCAAUGAGGUGGGGAAUGAAGCUUUGAAGGAAGAAAAGGUAAAGUUUUGGUGCUGAAUGGACCCUGGAUGCUGGUGCUCUCAGAUCACACUUGAAUGAUGUGCUUGAAUCUGCACCCAUGGAAAGAACUGACCCAGCUUCAAUCGCUGCAUACAGUUGGAUGUGAGAAGGAAAGAAUAAAAGUUAACCCCUUCCUUAUUGUCUUGGGGAUGCAAGCGUUCUGUUUGUCAGAGUGACUCUGUGUGCAAAACAACAAGGCAGACACCAGUGAUCAUCAUCAAACUCUGCAGCUCUCUUCUCCGGGAUUCCUUCUCUGAGAAGCAAAUGCGGCUUCCUGCUGCCUGAGAACAGGUAAUUGGAUGGAGGGGAGGGAGGGUUGGUGGGGAAGAAAGGGAUGCGUGGGAGGGAGCAGUGUCCCUCCUCGCCUUUGAUCCCUGGGUACAAAGCUGCUGUGGCUGACCACUCUGACGCACACUGUGCUGCUUGGGGCAUUGAAGGAGCCCAGGGGCCAGGAGUGUGCUGCAGUGAGGGGACACACACACUGUGCAUCACCUGUCCUGGGCAGGUGGGGGACCCCUCUGCAGCCACGUGGCUGUGGCGUUUGCUGAGGCUUCUAUGAGGAGAUGCCCCCUGCCGACCCCUGCUAGCUUGCUGGAGGCCUCGAGGGACAUCAGGCUCGUAAGUGGGUGGUGUUGGCAUCUUGGUGGUGGCUCUGUCACUGUGGGGAGGUGGCUGGGUUUGUGGGCAGCUCUGCGUGUGUAGUCCCCGACCACCACAAUGUGUGUGCGUAAUGGUGACGUGGGCAGGGCCGUGCAAGGCAUUGUCCCUGACCAUGCAGUUCAUCAUCAGUGGGAUUUGCUGUGGGAGAGCGCUGGUAAGCUGUCCCCAGGAGCCUGCUUUGCUCAUGUGCCCAUGGCUGCAGGGUCGUGGAGGGGCUCAAUGGGCGGGCUGCUCAGAUGCAAGGGUCUUGUACAUGCUAAGCCCAUCUUGUGCUGCUGUGUGUACAGCAUCUCCCCCCUCGGUGGUUAUGCUCUCCCAUCCCUCCUGGGGGCUGUUUUCUCACCUUUUGGCUGUAGGAGAGCUGCAGCUCGUCACUAGGGCACAGUGCUACAGAUGCUGUUGCCCUGGCAAUGGCUGAGGAGCCCAGGUGGUGGGGAGAGCAUCUUUCAGGGGCAGAUGUAGGGCCUCCUGGGGAGAGUACAAUGCCUCACAGGGCUCUGCAGUGAGAGCUACAUGAAAAACAUGGGGUUAGGCUUUGCCUCUCUUUCCUCUGGUGCUGUACCAUAACUCAGUGCUCACACCAUACACUGCCUCUUGCCCCCCGAGCUCCUGCUCUUUGCUCUUCCUAGGUCCUUGGGGCAGCUCGCUGGAAGGAUGAUGGCAAGAAGUAAUGGCCUGCAGCUGCCUGGCCCCUGCCCAUCCCUACCAACCAGAGCCAGGACUGAUGCACAGAGCACAGAGCUCAGCACGAGCAGGACCCGCUUGACCCAGGAUGAGACCUUGGAGCUGCGCAGAGGAACUCCUGCAUAUGGGGGGGAGCAGCCAGCUGCCCCCCCUUUCCAAGGCAGACGAGCCCUGGCCAGGAUUGUCAGGCUUGUGCUGGUGCUGCGGGACUGGGCCAGCAAGAGCUUGCAGGAGGAGCAGCAGAGGCCAGACCCCUUCCUUGAGCGCUUCCAAGGCCCUGAGCUGCAGACAGUGCCUGCUGAUGCCAGCAGCGAUCCAGAGGAUGAGGAGGCCGAGGAGAAAACCAAAAAGAAGAAAUGGCAGUCCUUUGUGGUGGACCCUGCAGGGGACUGGUAUUACCGCUGGCUGGCCGUCAUUGCUGUUCCUGUUCUCUACAACUGGUGCUUGCUUGUGGCCAGGGCUUGCUUCAGUGACCUGCAGAAGACUUACGUUGUCCUCUGGCUGGUGCUAGAUUACAUCUCAGACUGCAUCUACACUGGGGACAUAGUGAUCCGCCUGCGCACAGGUUUCUUGGAACAGGGCCUUCUGGUUAAGGACCUGAAGAAAUUACGGGAUAACUACAUCUACACCUUACAGUUCAAGCUGGAUGUUCUCUCCAUCCUACCCACAGACGUGGUGUACUUCGCUGUGGGACUGCACCGCCCUGAGCUGCGAUUCAACAGGCUGCUGCACUUCUCCCGCAUGUUUGAGUUCUUUGACAGGACAGAGACCAGAACCAGCUACCCCAACAUCUUCCGCAUCGGCAACUUGGUUCUUUAUAUCCUGGUGAUCAUCCAUUGGAAUGCAUGCAUUUACUAUGCCAUCUCCAAGGCCAUAGGCUUUGGAGAAGAUACCUGGGUCUAUCCCAAUGUCACAGACCCUGAAUACGGGUAUCUCACCCGGGAGUAUGUCUACUGUCUCUACUGGUCUACAUUGACUUUGACUACCAUUGGAGAGACCCCUCCUCCUGUGCGUGAUGAAGAAUACCUCUUUGUGAUCUUUGAUUUCCUCAUCGGUGUCCUCAUCUUUGCCACCAUUGUGGGGAAUGUAGGGUCCAUGAUAUCCAACAUGAAUGCCACCAGAGCAGAGUUCCAGGCAAAAAUUGAUGCCAUUAAACACUACAUGCAGUUCCGCAAGGUGAGCAAAGACAUGGAAACCAAAGUCAUCAAGUGGUUUGAUUACCUGUGGACCAACAAGAAGGCAGUAGAUGAACGGGAAGUUCUCAAGAGUCUUCCUGAUAAGCUUAGGGCAGAGAUUGCCAUCAACGUUCACCUGGAGACACUGAAGAAGGUGAGGAUUUUCCAGGACUGUGAGGCAGGUCUACUGGUGGAGCUGGUGCUGAAGCUUCGCCCUCAGGUGUUCAGCCCAGGGGAUUACAUUUGCCGGAAGGGAGAUAUUGGAAAAGAGAUGUACAUCAUCAAGGAGGGGAAGCUGGCCGUGGUGGCAGAUGAUGGAACAACGCAAUAUGCUUUGCUCACUGCAGGCGGCUGCUUUGGUGAGAUCAGCAUCCUGAACAUUAAAGGGAGCAAAAUGGGCAACAGGCGCACAGCCAACAUCCGUAGCUUGGGCUACUCUGAUCUUUUCUGCCUGUCAAAGGAAGAUCUAAUGGAAGCGGUCACAGAGUAUCCCGAUGCCAAAAAGGUCUUGGAGGAACGUGGCCGGGAGAUCCUUAGCAAGGAAGGCCUGCUGGAUGAGUCAGCUGAAGAAGAAAGCAUGGAAGGGAAGAGUGUGGAAGAAAAGCUGGACAGACUGACCUUGAACCUGGACACACUUCACACUCGCCUUGGACGGCUCCUGACAGAGUACAAUGAUGCCCAGAUGAAGCUCAAGCAGCGCAUCACUGUUCUGGAGUCCCAAAUGAGGCAGCAGGAUCUGGAGGACUUCUUCUCAGAUAGUUCAGACAGUCUGUCUGAGGUUGAGGGUGAAGCUACACCUACUGGGUUGCAAUGAGAGCGUGCAGAUCUCAGCUAGAUGAUGCCUUGCCUUGUGCUGAGGCAGUUUCUAUUUCCCGUGGCAGCACCUUUGACUGCCUUGACAAGACUUCUCUCAUGUUCUUAGCAUUGCCACUGAGUGGCAGCUCCUGAGAUGGCUCCAAAUCAGGCAACUGUCCUAGCUCCUCCUCAAUCUUGUCUCAUUUCUUGUGAAACCUCUGAUUUGGGUCAGUAAGAAGAGGAGGAUGGCUAAUGCCACUACUGAUGUUUCCUUCCAGCUUCAGGAAAAGGUCUCUGUCAAUCACACUUCUUCUUUUUGCCUUAGUAGAAAGUGGGACGUGAACCUUGAUGGGGGGGUACCUGGACUCAAGUGAGAAAGUCCAACUUGUGCCUCUCAUAUCUGCAGACAGGGAAGCUUGUCUGGGUCACUGUCACCCCACAGGUCAUCUUACUCCUCUUACUCCGAGGCUGGGCAUCCAGCUGGAAGAGCAGGCAGCUGCCCACUGCUCUGUUCUUUCUGCUGUAUUCAGUGCUCAGCCAUCAAAUCGCCCCAGCAUAGACACCUGGGCAGCCCAAGCAUCUCUCUUACCAGGAAACAGCACUCCCUCCUGCUUUCCUGCUGCAGUGGUGGAGGGAUUUCCAUUUGGACUACAGAGGACUCGGAUGAUGAGUGCAGUGUGGAUAUGAAGACUGCUCCUUGUUGAAUGACAGUGUCUGUUGCACUGUGAGAGAAAUGAAGAUAGCAGCUGUCUCUCAUCUAUUUAACGAUGGCUGGAUGUGCCAGGAAGGGUAUGACUGAAAUGACAUAUUUUUAAGGAACAAAGCGGUGAUAGGACCCAACUGUGCCCAUAUUCGCUUUACUGUGGGUGGCUCAGAAAGAGUGUAGAACACAUUUAUUUUCUUAGGCGGGAGGUUUUCUUGUAGUCGGUGGGAGUUUAGGGCCAGUUGCUGUCUGGAGAAAUGAAUGGCAGCCAUGGGGAUGAGUGUGCAAGGAGAAAAACCUUACACCAUCACAGCCACUGGCAAAGCCCUAUGGGUCCAUGGUGCAAGCAGGUGAGAUUGCAGGCCAUGCAAUCCCUGCAAGCUCAGCACCUUCACUAGAGGCUUCCAAAGAGGAGGAAGCCUGGUAGAGAAGGAAAUUCUUGGGAAAUUCAUGUGCUGGGUCAAAUUCAACUCACAGUUUGGCUAAAGUAGUGGGAUGACAGAUGAGGGCAUGCCAAAGCACAAAGGCUCCUGGUGGAAAAUGGAGAACACUUGCUUCGUCCUUUCUUUUCCCUCCAAAAUGAGCCUGACUUCCUUUAUUUUGGAUGAUGUUCUGUUUGAAAUGAGAUGGCCUUGCUUUCUGGGAUUUCUGAGAGAGGGAAGAUUAAAUUACCAAAAUUAGAACUCAGAGCACAAUAAUGUUUUUUCGGUUGCCUCGAUGAAAUUUGGGGGGUGGAGGGGAAGAGGCUUCUGUCAGACCUAAGCUGACUGUGGUUGGAGAUGAACUGUCUUCUGCUCUGACUUUCCCUUUCGCUACCAAACCCUCCCAGCUUCUCCCUCCGCUCAGACCGAGAGCCGUGAGCCACCCCGGGCGCGGGGGGACGGGAGGGAGGCGAGGCUGCGGCUGCUGCGCUUGGGCCGGGAGAGGGAGCUGUGAGCCGCGGAACCGCCGCACGGCGCCGUACCGACGGGCAGAGCAGCCGGGUUUGCUUUUCCCUGCGCUGGGUUUGCAGGGCGAUGCGGGCGGCCCGGCGCUGUGCCUGCGCUCCUGUCCGAAGCGGGGCAGCUCCUGCCUCCGGCUGGGGGAGAUGCUCACAGUUUAGGGGAUAUCUUCGCUUCUUGCUGGAGAAAACGAAAAAAAAAAACCAAUCUUCCUCUCACCCCCCUCAGUUUUAAUCCGAGAUAAUAAUCACUCGGGAAACUUUAAGCUGUCAGACAAAUUACCCCGGAGGAUGGCUUUCCGAAUGCAGAGCAGAUCCCGUUUGUUUUCUCGAGGCAGCAAGCCAGGAAAUCACAGAUUGAUGAACCGCUUGAUGGGCCUGCUAAUGAAAUUAGCAGUAGCUCCAUGAUUUUUCCAGCGAGCCGACAGGCAGAUGCUGGAGAGAAGAGCACAGUGGCACAGCUGCACUGCUGGGCUGCCCGCAUCCCCAGCAGAGAGCACGUGGGGCACAGCAGAUGCACCCUGGGGUUGCUCAUUACUGGUGGCUGCAGUAUGAAUGUCUCCCUGUAAGGCACUCCUGGAGAUGCCAAAGGCUGUGCACUCUGGUUGGCACCCAGGAGGAAAAGCUGAGGGUCCAUUAAACUCUUUUGGCCAUAUAAUAUCUAUAGUUUUGU